GUGCCUCUGGCCGGGCGCCAGGAGGCUGACCUUUCCCACCUUGGCUGGACGGAGGCCAGAGAGGCCGACGUGCCUCUUGCGGCAUGGCCUCUCCCUCGAAGGCUCCUGGGCCCCGUCCAGUGCAGGUCCCACCACCAAGAUGAUGAUGGGGGUGAUGAUGGUGAUGAGGAGGGUUGUCGUGCCCACCGGCUCAAGCCUGGGGUUUCCGGCCUGGAGAGCAUAACUGUCCCUCCGGCUCGGCCCGGCCCAGAGGCCUUCCUCCUGCAGGGAAGGGAAGGGAAGGGGCGGCCGGAGUCCUCUCUGGACAGCAGCAAGGCCACCGAGGCAGCAGGACCGACCGACAGACCAACUGACCGGGUGAAACAUUAACCGCCCCUCGUGCCGCUCUGCAGCUCUUCCUUAGGGUCUGCGGCGGAAGGAUCAAGGGGUCGCCGCGGAAGGAGAAUACAAUCCUGGGACUCACUGGUAUGCUGGGAUCCCAAACUGGUGGCUGAGGGGCCAGACUGGUCUGGAGCAGCCCUGGAUGUCCAAGGAGAGAUCUGAGCCCAGAAGACUCGCCUGGGCAUUGAGUGACCUCCCUUUGGCCAGAGCGCUGGACAUCCGACUCAUCUGGAGGUGGCUGAGGUCACCUGGAGACUGACCUCUGACCUCUUCACCUGGACUUUGAGUGGCCUGGAGAGAAGAGAGGGACAUCUUGGCCACCGGCUCCUUUCAGGCCACGGCUGGACGAUUCUGUGGCCGAAGACACCCGGAGACACAUUGCCAGGGUCUUGAGGGACGUGGGACCAACGUCCAGCCCCUCGGCUCCUUGUGGACACUUCUGCGGCCGCUCCAUGGACUCCCCUGGAGGUCUGCAUCGAGGUUGAGGCUCCCUGGAGACCGGCCGAUGGGCUUGGCCUGACUCGGAAGGCAGACCCCGACUCCCUUUGGACCCUCCGCAGUGGAAGCCCAUGGCUGGCCGUGGGGCAGGAGGGGUCCGCUAGGCGCUGAGGCCAUGCGCUUUCGGCUAUGGGGAUACCUGGACUGACUCUUUUCCUGUUGAUGUUGGGGUUCCCGGCUCCGUCCCUCCUCCUGCCCGCCAGGCCCAUCUGCGACCAGAGCGUCAUGGACAAGUACAUCCAGGACGCCGGACGGGCCGAAAGAGAAGUCGAGGAAAUGUGUCGGACGUCCUGCGACUUACUCGAACCCGUCACCGUCCUGGACACCAAGGUGAAUUUCCCUGCCUGGAAGGCCAUGGAGCGGUCAAGGCAGGCCUGGGAGGUGUGGCAGGGCCAGGCCUUGCUCUCGGCCGCCAUCGUCCAGGUCAAGGGUCGGCCGCCGGACGGGCGGAGGUUCCUGCUCCAGCUGGAGGUCAUCGAGAGCUACCUGCGGAGCAUCCGGGAGAUCCUGCGCGGACACAACGCCCAGGUGACCCCCCAGGACCCCGACCCGACCCCCCGCCUGAGGGUCCAGACGGUGCAAAAGCUCUUCAGCGUCUACUCGAGUUUCCUUCGGGGCAAAGUCAACCUCUUUGUGUCCGGCGCCUGCCAGGCCAGCGCCACGUGACGGACCCCCCGGACCCUGGCCCCCUUUUUGGCCCUGAGUCCCCGGGGGGGAGGACGGACCACACGGAGGACUGCUUCACUGCACACUCAGUCACACGCGCACAGAAACACGGGUGUCAUGGGUUCGUGCUUCUUGCACGCGAGGAAGAAGGCACGCCGUUCCUGCGAGGCGGCACGAGCGGAAGGCCAAGGAUAUAUUGCAGCCUUUGGAAAGGGUUGGAAUCCUCUUACCCAUUUUUGGUGGAGUCUCCUUCGUUCUCUGGAGGCUGGAUGGCCAUCUGUUAGGAGGGCUUGGAUUGUGUCUUCCUCUAUAUCAGAAUAAGGUCAGACUAGAUGACCCUUGAGGGUCCCGUCCAACUCUAAGCUCCUAUGACAGAGAUAUCAUAGAAUAUAUUGUGCCUAUCUACAAGUUUGCCUGUCAUAUCUGUGGCUGGAUGGUCAUCUGUAUGGAGGGCUUGGAUUGUGUCUAUGUCAGACUAAGGUCAGACUAGAUGACCCUUGGGGGUCCCAUCCAACUCUAAACUCCUAUGACAGAGAUAUCAUAGAAUAUAUUGUGUCGAUCUACCAGUGUGCCUUUCAUAUCUGUGGCUGGAUGGUCAUCUGUUAGGAGGGCUUGGAUUGUGUCUAUGUCAGACUAAGGUCAGACUAGAUGACCCUUGAGGGUCCCGUCCAAUUCUAAGCUC